CUGAGGGAAGGAGCGCAGGCUGGAAAUGCACUAACGAUUUACUAUUGCGCAAGUGGUGUGCGAAUUAAGAAACUGUAGAAGGGAAGCAUGAAAGCGUGACUGGAUGGUAAUGGAUAAAUUAGUCCAGAGGUACCAGAUGAGUGUUUUGUAAGAAACCUGUGUCGGAGUGCUGCACUGAUGAUUUGAAUAUAGUUUAUAGCCCUCCAGUUGUUCUGGGUUCUGUCAGCAGGCAGUUGAGAGUUUCACCAUCCUGAGCAGAGGAUUAUUAAACAUGACUGUGGCCAAUGCACAGUCUGCCAAAGCAAUGCAGCAGGUACUGGACAACCUGAAAGACCUGCCUUCGGGCUCAGGAGCCAAAGAUAUUGACCUCAUCUUCCUCAGAGGCAUCAUGGAGAGCCCAAUUGUCCGCUCCCUGGCAAAGGCUCAUGAGCGUCUUGAAGAAGUUAAGCUAAGAGCUGUGCGGGAUGAUAAUGUCCAGCUGGUCACAGAGAUCUUGGAUUCCCUUCAGAACAUGCCUGAAAAAGAUGCUGCAGCUGCUGAGCUUCUGAAAAUCCUGCAGGAGCCAAACUUUAAGUCUUUGAUAGAGGCUCAUGACAAAGUUGCUGCAAAGUGUUAUGAAAUGCCCAACGCUGCGGUGAACAGCAAUGCGUUGAUGACGAGUUCACUCAUGCCAGCUGAUGCUGUCAGGAUGAUUGGCAUUCAGAAGAAAGCUGGGGAACCACUGGGGGUGACGUUCCGCGUGGAGCGGGGAGAGAUGGUGAUCGCACGGAUCCUGCACGGCAGCUCGAUUGACAGGCAGGGCAUGCUGCACACUGGGGACAUUAUCCGCGAGGUGAACGGUCACGAGGUCGGUCGGGACCCCCAUCAACUCCAGGAGCUGUUAGGGGUCUGCAGUGGGAGCAUCACUCUCAAGGUCCUGCCUAGCUACAGAGACACACCGGCCCCCCCACAGAUUUAUCUGAAGCCCCACUUCAACUAUAAUCCGGCCACAGACAACUUGAUCCCCUGUAAAGAGGCAGGCCUGGCCUUUUCCAAGGGAGACAUCCUUCAGGUCGUCAACAAGGAGGACUCCAACUGGUGGCAGGCACGCAAAGUGGUUGGUGGAGCCACUGGUCUCAUCCCUAGUCAGUUCUUAGAGGAGAAGAGGAAAGCUUUCGUAAGAAGAGACCUGGAUACUUCUGGUACAGGGAUGCUCUGUGGAACUGCAAAGAAAAAGAAGAAGAAAAUGAUGUACCUCACGUCGAAGAAUGCAGAAUUUGACCGUUAUGAGCUGCAGAUCUACGAGGAAGUGGCCAAGAUGCCGCCGUUUCAGAGGAAAACGCUUGUUCUGAUCGGAGCCCAGGGAGUGGGGAGGCGCAGCCUGAAAAACAGACUUAUUGUCAUGAACCCUCUGCGAUAUGGAACCACUGUACCCUUCACAUCACGGUGUCCGAGGGAAGAGGAGAUGGACGGCCAGAACUACUGCUUUGUGAUGCGGGAACAGAUGGAGAAGGACAUCAAAGAGAGUCGUUACCUGGAGCAUGGCGAGUACGAUGCCAACCUUUAUGGCACCAAGAUCGACUCUAUCCAUGAAGUGGUGAAUGCAGGCCGUACCUGCAUCCUGGACGUCAACCCUCAGGCUUUGAAAGUUUUGAAGACUGCUGAGUUCAUGCCGUUCGUGGUGUUUAUCGCUGCUCCAGAACUGGACACACUAAGAGCUAUGCACAAAGCUGUGAUAGAUGCUGGACUUACAACCAAACUACUCACGGAGAACGAUUUGAAGAAGACUGUGGACGAGAGUGCCAGGAUCCGUCGUGCGUACAGCCACUACUUUGACCUGACUAUUGUCAAUGACAAUCUGGACAAGGCCUUUGACCAACUGCAGGAGGUGGUUGAGCGAUUAUUCAUAGAGCCGCAGUGGGUUCCAGUCAGCUGGGUCUACUGAUGUUCUUCAGCCUAUUGGACACACACGGCUGUACCAGCUGCCAGGCUAGGAAGGAAAGGGCGACACCCGAUUGGACGGAGGAUUCAACACUGUACUGCACACACAGAGAAAGAGUUGGACAUCAGACCUUUGUGUAUAUGGGUCUCGCACAAAGCUGCAUCAGUCACCUUGAUCUGAAUUUUCAGAUUCCUUUCUUACACACUAUGCAACUCAGAACACACAGGAAGUGUACUUAUUUAUUGGCAAACUUUUAAAGAAUCCUUUCUAUUCAUGUGGAUUGUAAGAAAGUACUGGCCCUUGUGUCAGGAUGUUUUUAGAAGCAAAUGCAAUUUUCUGUCAUGUCCUGUUUUAAUUUUACAUCUGUAUGUAAGAUAAAUAUUUAUUCCGCAAAAAUGAGGAGAGCUAACAAUACCUCAGUGUUACAGUUUACAGUGCACAUGUCUCCAGUACUUCAUCUCAUUCAUGUCGAUAGUGGCAUAUUUGUGAGACCUUUUUCCUCCUCAAGGCUACAUCUAUGCUCUGCAGUCUCAGCCGUUACUAAUACAUGGAAAUGUCAUGCCAGUCAGUUUGAUGUUGUACAGAAGGAAAAGUAAUUCUGUAGUGUAACCAAUUAUUUCUCUUAUACUGUAGCACAACAGAUUACAUUAAUUAUGUUGUUUAAUUGUCAGACAUCUAGAUCACGUAAAUAUUUCUGACUGUUAAACUGGUGCUGUCUUUGUUUGAAAGAAACACUUUCCACAGGACUCUUGAACAGGGUGCUGCAACUCAGAGAACCAUCCCUGUUGAUGUGAUAUUACUAAAACUUAACCGUUUUAAAUAAAGUUCCUAUUUACUUAAAAAAAGGUAUAUUUUACAAGAAUUCAUAAAAGAUGUAUUUUCAAAUGUCAAAUAAAUAACUGGUGUUUUUCUUAC